GAAAUGUUGAAGUGUAACAAUUACCCUAACUGGUUCAUUCAGAAUGUCUUGAAACAGAGGGUACACAAGCACUACAACGGACUGCAGAACGACAAGGAGGUGGACGAAACGAAGUACAUUCCCACGCCAUAUGUCCCAUGCCUGAGUGAAAAGUUGCAAAAAAUCCUCAAGGAACAGGGCAUAACAUUGGCGGUGAAAGCAAAAUCGAAAUUGAAAAAUGAGAUUUUCGCUAAACUCAAGGACCCGAUCCCACCAGGACAACAUAAAAAUGUGGUGUAUUCGGUACCUUGUGGAACAGGGGAUGGAAAGGUGUACAUCGGACAGACGGGGAGAAAACUGGACACGCGGAUCAACGAGCACAAAAAUGACGUAAAACGGAAAGACAACAGGACUGGACUAACGCACCACACGCUAUGUGACGGCCAUGUGUUUAAUUUUGACGAGACGAAAAUAAUUGAACGAAUCGCCGACCAGGAGAGCAGAGUAGUCGCGGAGACAUUCCACAUCAAGCUGGCAGGGGAAGCCAAUACAGUGAACCUCCAGCGUGAGUGUGGAUUGUUCAACACGAACUACAAUGCGUUAGUGUUUAAGCUGCGACAAGUGACGAACAACGAUAGACGACGAAGAGGAAACGAGAGAGGACGCGCACCACAACCGCAAAGUACCCUACUAGACAGUGGUACGUGAUCUCCCAGCUGGAUAGGAGGUAGCAUCAGCUGCGGCGAUCAAAUUGCGUCUGAAGAUGGCCGAAAUGUGAUUAGGCCGAAACGUCACGCAAAAAACAAGUUUGUUUUAUUCGUUCACCGAGAAAUAUCAACAAUAAAGAGAUAUACUCGUUAACGGUGAUUAAACCCAUCAAGUAGCACAAAUG